AUGGAUAACCUUGAUUUCCCACCGAGGAUGUAUACUGUAGGGCAGGAACCUGUUCCGGGUAAAAGCAUUGCCUACUACAGUGAUAACAGCAAGCUCUUCACUGCUCUUAAACAAGUACUCAACGAAGAUGAAUGGGAGGAGCUCAAGAACUCCACAGUAGGAGUGUUCUUGAAUUAUCAGCUUGAUUGCAAGAAGAAGUACGAGUUGUGGAGUCUAGUAGGUGUUCGACCAGCGAGGUUUUCUCUGCAUGAAUUUGAAGAGAUAACAGGCCUGAACUGUAAGUAUGUGAAGAAUCUCGAGAAUCCGCUGGUUGAGGUAACAGAUGAGAUGAGAGCAUUUUGGGGGAAGAUGGGAGUGCAUUUCGACCGGGGGCCAAGGUAUCUAGCCAUCUACGCUGGCUUCAUCCAAGCACCAAGAAGCUCGUCACCUACAUGUGCUAGCCUGGCUAGGUUGGUGAUGGAUCUAGAAGAUUUUAAAGCUUAUCUGUGGGGAAGGGUAGCGUUUAAAUUCUUGAUGGAUUCGGUGAAGGCAGGGUUUGGUGACCCUAUAGAAGGUACUCCGACCCCACCUUUACUUGCCUACUCUGGUAAUAGAGGCAAGAGAUAUCUGAAGGAAAAUAUUGUUAAACAGACACUGGGUGUGGGAAGAAAGUCACUGGCCUCUUGUCGGUACAAAACUGUGGACAAAUGUGAAGGUGGAAAUCCAUCCGAUGAAGACAGACGCUGGUCAGAUGGAGCAAAGCAAGAAGGCAUUGUCACCUUCUCCACUGAGUCUGAGGGAGUAUCAUGCAAGAAGGCUCGUCAGUCCCCUGGCCUGGAUGUGGAGAUCAUGAAAGCAGAAAUAGCUCAGUGGCUUACUGGCCUGACCUCUACCAUGGUUGAGGAGCUGAGCACUGUGAAGAACACUCUGAAGACACAAUCCAGCAUUCUUGAGGGCCUUACUGCGAAGAUGGGACAUCUUGAAAAGAUUGUGCAAGAUGGGACAUCUGCUGAUGUAUCUAAUGGAGCCAAAGAUAAGGAGGACAUCAGUGAAGAAAGUAGAUCUGAGGAAGCAUCUCCUAAACCCGCCAGAAUGACAACAAGAGCCAAAGGCAAAGACGCCCAAGCCACUGUGAGUGAGAAUGGGAAUGGAGACAUAAGUGUUGUUGUAGUAGACAAAGAUCAAAUAGUGAGAGCUGCUUCCAUUGUGGCCUGUGCUAGGAGUGAUAGGCAACGUAGGCUUGCUGCAACUCAGCAAUCUCUUUUUGCUGGAAACAGCACGGCAAAGGUUAUCAUACCUAACCAGCCGUACCGAGGCCUCAAAUGGCAACAAAAGGUGAAAGGUUCUUCAAGUUUUUGGUUCUACACACUAUUAACUCCUACAAAAUGGUUGAAUGACACGGUUACUCAGAGUUUCUUGCCAGUCCUGACGAGUCCGCAUAUUGCAGAUCAGAUAAGACAUGGGCGCAGGAGACACAUAGUGAUUUGGGAUAGUGAUGUUUCUUACGCUAAGGAUGAAGAGAUUGCCGAGCAUGUUAAGCCUUUUGCACAUAUGGUGCCGUACAUGCUGCAUAUGAUGUCUUGCGGUGAAGAGAGGGAGUUGUACACAGGUUAUUUCACACAUGAGCGGGUCUCAGCAUCUGAGAAAAUCAAGACAAUCAGGAGUCAGUUGGCGAGUGAAAUAUUUGAUGAGACCAGCAUCAACGGCACAGAGAAACGUGUUUACAAUCAUCUCGGUGUCUAUGACUAA